AUGUUUUUCAGUAAUAGAAUUUUCCCUGAAUCAUAAUUUUUGCCAUUCCACUAUUUGCAGAGCGGCAUUAUUUUGCAUUUGCAUGCAUUCCAUUUUUUAAUUUUUCUAAAAUAUUCUAAUUUUUCUUUAUAAAAUGGUAAACUAUGUUCUUCCAAACGAGGAUGAAGUCAUUCAAAAACUCACAAAUCAAAUAGAAAGCUUAGCUAAGAAAGCGAUAGCUGAUAACGGAGUAUUUCGUGUCGGGUUAUCAGGUGGCUCAGUUAUAAACUAUCUGUGCAGAGCAAUUCCAGCAAUCGACACCGACUUGUCCAAGUGGCGAUUGUUUUUCUGUGAUGAACGUUUCGUUCCAGAGGCCGAUGGAGAUUCGACCUUUGGUGCCUAUAAAUCUGCAUUGAUUCCUGUAACAAAGUUACAGGAAGAUCAGUUUAUUAAAAUCAACACUGAUCUUACAUUAGAAGAAUGUGCCAAAGAUUAUGAAGAAAAGAUUCUUAAAGAAUUUCAAAUGGAAGAUGGAUCAAUUCCAGUAUUUGAUUUGCUUCUUCUCGGAAUGGGACCCGACGGACAUACUUGUUCGUUAUUCCCAGAUCAUGUGCUGUUGAAUGAGAAGCGUCGUCUCAUUACACCAAUUGAUGAUUCCCCAAAGCCACCACCAAAGAGAGUUACUAUGACAUUCCCAUUGAUCAAUAACGCCAAUUGUUGCAUGUUUGCAAUUUGUGGUGCGGGAAAGGCUGAUAUUGUAAAGAGAAUUUUUGUUGAUAAGGAGUCACUGCCAACUGGGUUGGUUGCUCCAAAAAAUGGAAAUCUCGUUUGCAUUUUUGACCAUGCAGCCGGGAAAAGCAUAGCAGAUAAGAAUUAGUUAUGGAUGUUUGCAGCAAUAAAGUGAUUUUUUUUACAUUCA